UUUCUCUUGUCAUUGUCAUACUUCCGAUUAAAUAAUAAACGGAAUCAUUGUUUACAAUUGUCAAGAAGAUAAACUGUUGAAAUAAUAAUAAUCGUGAAGAUGUUGGUGGAACAUUUAAUGCAGAUGCUUUCCAAAAUAAUGGGUAGCAAUUUGAAUGAAUUAUUAUGCACUUCGAUCGUGUUUUUUGGUGUAUUGGUACUUGUGAAGAUUAUUCAGUGGUUCAAGCUAAUGCUACGUUUACCACCCGGCCCAUGGGGUUUUCCGUUUUUCGGUUAUCUACUGUUCCUCAAGGAAGAAACAUAUUUGCAAUACAUCGAAUUGUCCAAAAAGUACGGAAGUAUAUUCUGCACUUAUUUGGGAAAACAACUAGUCGUUGUAAUAAGCGAUUAUCAAAUCAUACGUGACAUGUUCCUUCAAAGGGAAUUCACCGGCAGACCGCAUACGGAAUUCAGCAAUAUUCUUGGUACUUAUGGUAUCAUUAACGUCGAUGGUCAUUUGUGGAAGGAACAGAGAAAAUUUCUAUUAGGAAUAUUUCGUAGUUUUGGUAAAACUGCUUCUCACGGAAAGAAAGCCAUGGAAACGAGGAUCAAGCGAGAAGUUAAAAGUUUCCUCGAAAUUUUAUUAAUGACCAGAACUGAACCAACAAGUCCAACGCAUUUACUCGCUACGUCAAUUAGCAACGUGAUCUGUUCAUUCUUAAUGAGCGUACGUUUCGAACACGGUGAAAUGAGAUUCAAAAGAUUCAUGCACCUAAUCGACGAAGGAUUCAAACUUUUCGGUACAAUCGCGCACGUCAACUUUUUCCCAAUUAUGCGUUAUUUGCCACGUUCAAGAGAAGUCAGGAAUAAAAUCAUCAAGAAUAUCGACGAGAUGGGUUUGUUCUUUCAAGAAACUAUCGAGGAACAUCGAAGGACAUUCGAUCCUAACGUAACUCGCGAUCUCAUUGAUUCUUACCUUUUGGAAAUUCACAAUGCCAAGAACGAAGGACGCGAGGCCGAAUUGUUUCAAGGAAGAGAUCACAAUCGUCAAAUGCAACAGAUACUCGGUGAUUUAUUUUCUGCCGGUAUGGAAACGGUCAAGACAACUUUGGAAUGGGCAAUAAUCUUCAUGUUGCAUUAUCCCGAGGCUGCUAGAGCGGUACAAGAGGAAUUGGACAUGGUCGUUGGAAGAUUUAGAAUGCCAAGUUUGGAUGAUCAAGAAUUUUUACCCAUUACCCAAGCAACUAUAUGGGAAAUUUUACGAAAAUCUAGCAUUGUACCGUUGGGAACGACUCAUGCUGCCACAAAAGAUGUUAUGGUGAAAGAUUAUCUAAUUCCCGCUGAUUCCCAAGUUGUGCCAAACAUAUACGCCGUACACAUGAAUCCGGAAUUAUGGGAUAAACCUGAAGAAUUUCGUCCGUCACGUUUCCUCGAUUCCGAAGGGAAACCACAAAAGCCUAAACACUUCAUACCAUUUGGUAUUGGUCAGCGCGUAUGUCUAGGAGAAAAAUUGGCAAACUAUGAGAUAUUCUUAUUCUUCAGUUCUCUUUUACACAUCUUUGACAUCAGGUUACCGGCUGGUGCAUCGUUACCAAAUUUACGAUCAAAUAUCGGAGUUACAUUGACUCCUGACCCGUACAAGGUUUGUUAUAUUCGAAGAAACUUCGAUAUCAUCGAUUUCAACAUUGCCCCCGAACAAAACGGGCCACUCCGUAACGUUGGUGCUGUGUAAAAAGAUAAUUAAACAAAACAAAAAAAAAGAAGAAGAAGAAGAAGAAGAAGUGCCUCGAGACGAUCACGGUUGUUGUUCCUAUCGCUUUUAAUCAGAGGAUAUGAACUUUCGUGCUCCUCGCCGAGCGUGUACCGAAACAGGAAAGAAAAAAUAACUCUAAUUGAGAAAAAAAAAAAAGAAAAAAAAACAAUUCAACAAAAUGACACCAAAACGAGACAAAAAAAGAAUAUAUAUCAUAGAAUUUUAAUAACAGAUGAAUAAGAUUAAGAAGAAGAAAAUCUUUCCUCGGUUCACGCUGAUCAGAGUACAAAAAAAAAAGCCUCUACGGUUCGAAGAAAACGUCUCUUUUUCACCAAUCACAGCUUUACUUACUACCUAAACAAAAAAAAAAGAACGAAACAAACAUUUCUCGCUAAUUUUCCUGCCCAAUCAUUUCAUCAUACUUAACAAAUAUCGCCAUAUGAAUAUUUAUUUAUCGCGAAUUACUACCCCUUACUCCUACAACCACCUACCUACUCGCCCCCUUAAACUAUUACCAUUAUUAUAUAGAUAUAUAGAUAUAUUUCUUACCACAAAACACAC